CAUCCAAUGGCUCUCAACCACAGCAGCUUCGAACCCAUCACCUUCCUCCUGACCGGCAUCCCGGGGAUGGAAGAGUCCCACGUGUGGAUUUCGGUCCCCUUCUGCCUGAUGUACGUCCUGGCUCUGGCGGGGAAUUUCUCCCUCCUGCUCCUCAUUGCCUCCGACCGCACCCUCCACCAGCCCAUGUGCCUCUUCCUCGCAAUGCUCUCCGUGGCUGACCUCAUGCUGUCCACGGCCACGGUGCCCGAAAUGCUGACCAUCUUCUGGUUCGGCUCCAGGAAGGUCUCCUUCGACGGCUGCAUCGCCCAGAUGUUCUUCACCCACUUCAGCUUCAUUGCAGAAUCCACCAUCUUGUUGGCUAUGGCCUUCGACCGCUACAUCGCCAUCUGCGACCCUCUGCGCUACCUGGCCAUCCUGACGCCCUCUGUGAUCGGGAAGGUGGCCGUGGCUGCCCUGGUGAGAGGGGUGUGCAUCAUGUUUCCCACCGUCUUCCUCCUCAAAAGGCUGCCCUUCUGUGGCCACAGCACCAUGCACCACACCUACUGCGAGCACAUGGGCAUCGCGCGGCUGGCGUGCGCGGACAUCACGGUCAACAUCUGGUAUGGGUUCACGACCACCCUCCUGUCCUCCGGGCUGGACCUGCUGCUCAUUGCCCUCUCCUACGCGGUCAUCCUCCGUGCCGUCUUCCGGCUCCCCUCCAAGGAGGCCCGGGUCAAGGCUUUCCGCACCUGCGGCUCCCACCUCUGCACCAUCCUGAUGUUCUACUUGCCCGCCUUCUUCUCCUUCCUCACCCACCGCUUUGUCCACAACGUUCCCAGCUGCGUCCACAUCCUCUUGGCCAACCUCUACGUCGUUGUGCCCCCCAUGCUCAAUCCCAUUGUCUAUGGGAUGAGAACAAGGCAGAUUCGGGAGCGAGUCCUUCACCUGUUCUCCAAGGUGGGAAGGACGUGCCGCUAG